CGGCGCGCGGGUCACUCGCUCAGGUAAACAGCCAAGAUGGCGGCGGCGGAGGCCGGCGGGACGGGCCUCACCGACCUGCCCGGGGAGCUGCUGGAGCUGAUCCUGUGCUGUGGGGCCCUGAGCGCCACCGACAUCGGCCGCGUCUCCUGCACCUGCCGCCGGCUGCGGGAGGCGUGCCAGGCCCGCGGCAAGGUCUGGCGGGAGCGCUUCCGCCUCCGGUGGCCAUCACUUCUGAAAUACUAUAGCCAGACAGACAACGUUAAUUGGCUAAAGGAAUAUAAAGCACGGCACAAUGCUGGCUUAGAAACUCAACGAAUUGUAGCAUCAUUCUCCAAAAGAUUCUUCUCAGAACAUGUCCCCUGUGAUGGCUUCAGUGACAUUGAGACUCUUGAGUGCCCGGGUCAUUUUUUUGAGGACGAGCUGAUGUCUAUCCUUAACAUGGAAGGAAGGAAGUGUCUAACCUGGAAGUACUAUGCAAAGAAAAUUCUUUACUUUCUACGACAACAGAAUAUUUUAAAAAAUCUGAAGGCAUAUCUUGAACGACCUGGGGACCAAUUGUCAUUUUUGGAAGGUGCUGUUUUAAUUGACCAGUACUGUAAUCCUCUCUCAGACAUCUGUCUAACAAGUGUCCAGGCGCAGGUUGACGAUAUCACAGACGAAGUUCGCAAAGCCCUGCGGACCAAAAACCCUAGGCAUCCAAGCUUGGCUCCAAAGGCAGGAGAGGUCUUGAUUGUUCCUGAUGUGGAGUUUCAAAGGCAGGUACUGGAUGCUGUGAAUUGUGUCCUGUAUGAACAGUUAAAAUACAAAGGAAAUGAGAUGGAUUACUACAACUCCUUGAAUUCCUACAUUCACCAGGUUUUAAUCCGUAGGACAGGAAUCCCUAUCAGCUUGUCUGUGCUCUAUUUAACAAUUGCAAGUCAGUUGGGCGUCAGACUCGAGCCAGUCAACUUUCCUAGUCACUUCCUGCUGAGAUGGUGUCAGGGGAAAGAAGGGAGCACAGACAUCUUUGACUACAUGUACAUAGAUGCCUUUGGAAAGGGAAAGCAGCUAACAGUGAAAGAAUGUGAGUACCUGCUUGGCCACCAUGUAACAGAGGAGUUCUAUGGAAGUGGUUACUUCAAGGAGGUCUUGCAGCGUAUGGUGGGAACUCUUAACCUUGGAAAGCGGGAAAGCACUGAUCAGUCCUACCAGCCUCUUGAGAACUCCUUGGAUCUGUACCUAGCCAUGUAUCCGGACAAUGUGCAGCAUCUAAUGCUCCAGGCUAGGUUAUACUUCCACCUGGGAAUCUGGCCAGAAAAGGUUCUGGACAUCUUGCAGCAUGUUCAGGUGUUGGAUCCAUCCCAGCAUGGGGCAGUAGGAUAUUUAGUUCAGCAUACCUUAGAGCAUAUCGAACGCCGUAAGGAGGAAGUGGGACCUGAGGUGAAGCAUCGUUCUGAUGAGAAGCACAAAGAUAUCUGCUUUUCUAUUGGGCUGGUCAUGAAACACAAGAGAUAUGGCUAUAAUUGUGUCAUCUAUGGCUGGGAUCCCACCUGCAUGAUGGGACAAGAAUGGAUUAGAAAUAUGAAUGUCCAUAGCCUACCUCAUGGCCCCAAUCAACCUUUUUACAAUGUGCUGGUGGAGGAUGGCUCCUGCAGAUACGCUGCUCAAGAGAACCUGGAAUAUAACUUGGAGCCUCAUGAAAUCCCUCACCCUGAUAUCGGCCGCUAUUUUUCAGAAUUUACAGGCACUCACUAUCUGGCAAAUGCAGAGCUGGAGAUUAGGUAUCCUGAGGAUUUGGAACUUACUUGUGCAACAGUCCAAAAGAUCUACAGCACAGUCAAGGAAUGAGUGUAACUUGAUCACAAGGACAGAAGAAAGUUUAUCACAGCUGCUGCUGUAUCCUCUUUGUGGACAGAAUUAUGGAAGCCAAUUUUCACAAUGAUCUUCAGGCUUAUGCCCCAGGAAUUGCAUCGCACUUCGUAACCUGUAAGAUCGCAUUAGUCCAAUACCCACUCAGUUACCAUCUGCCAACACUAGUCAAUUAAUUUGGGAUCCAUUGAUAUUCCAGACAAGGCAUUCAUUAUCUUCAAGUGACAAUCGGAGUAUGAAGUGUAUUGUCCCCUUGAGCGCUUGCAUUUACCACUCAUGUGUUUAUAAUCUAUUUUUCAUAUUUAGGAUCUGAGCAUGUUACGACUCUAGCUGGGGUCUGGAAUAAUGCCAUGUUAUGGAUAAGAAGAUUGAUCAUACUUGCAGUAUUUUUAUAUAUAUAUUCUGUAUAUGUGGUAGUUUUAAGGUCUCUCUGAAGUUCCACAGUUGUUUUCUUGAUUCUGAUUUUCCUCUUACCCUGAAAAUGAUUGGUGUUGCUAGCAUUCCAAUGCUGAAAUCACUUGUCAGCCUUGGCAGUGGCACUGCAACUUUCUUGAGCAAGAAUCAUGAGACACCAUAUGAUGGUGAGUUCAGCAGUAAUUUCAAUGGACCUCAUAUAUGUAACGCUUCCAGCUGUUACAAACACAUCAUUAUAGAAAAUAAGAUCUUGGCAAUUUUCUCACCCCAAUAAACUUCUUGUUGGGACCCUGAUUCCUACCUGUACUUUUUCUUCCAUUAUGUCCCCUUCAUGGCGUUGAAUUUGUGAUAUGGUCAUACAUAUAUUUUUUCUACGUCUCCUCUUACCUGGUUGAAACUGUUAAAACUUGUGGUUUGCUAGUAGAACCACCAUCUUGUGAUGGCAAACUGCUGAAGUCUUUAUUUAGCAAGCUGUCGUGAUCUAUACUGUCAGAUUGCGAUUGUGCCAUGAAAGCCAGUAGAUACCAGCAUCUGGCAAACAAUACAUGAAGACCUUAUUUCCUAUAUUGUGAUGCCUUCUCUCUUUUGAUCAAAAGAAAACUGCCCUUUGAAGGGCAUUAAGAGGGUUAACUAUUUGUCCAAAUUCUGACUUCUGCAAGGGAGGUGCUUCAGAAACUGAGGACGCUUGAAUUAUAAUGGGGCUGCCACUGUAGAGUCUGAAAAGCCUAGAAAAAUAAUACAUGAGUAUUUUCUUUAGGGUUACAUAAGAAUUGGAUGUGAAGUCGCAAAGUAUUUACAAAGAUAUGGAAUAUCUACAGUACUUUAGUUUCUAAAUGAAUAACUCUAGACAGGCUGCAGUCAUUGUUUCUAAUUAUCGUAUAGUUACAUAGUUAGAGAGAAGACUUAGUUAUCCUGCCCUCUAGAGUAAGAUGACACCCUUAUUCUUGUAACAUUUGAAAUGUCUCUGUGCACUAACGUGCACCCUUCUUUUUAAGAUAAUCAUUGAUUUGCAGGCAGUCUUGUGUAAAUAUUUAACAAGCAACUUAUACUUUUCACAGUGAAGUUGUUGUGAUCUGCAGGUUCCUCAACACUUUAAAAAAGCAGCAGAAAAAAACCUAAUAGUGCUAAUAAAUAGGAAAAGAAUAAAAUUACACUACAAUAAAUUUUCUGAUAAUCCCAGCUGAAUUGAAGGGGGAUUUAGGUACAAAAUUUUCACUGAUUUGAGAGCAAUGUAGCUAAAUCCCUGUGCAAAACUCUGCAAACUUCAAACUAAACUCCAAAUCUCUGUCUCUAAGGGGUUGAAAAUAUCAUUUUUAGGGCCUAUCCUGUAAGAUUGCCCAUUCUUGGAGGGUUGAGUAAAUGAGGGAACACUGCCUUCAGUUUUAAUUUCUAGGCUGUUGUGCAUCUGACCCUUAAACAUCUAGUAGAAAGAGGCAGAUGACUAGGAGUCAGGAUUUCCAGGUUCCCAGCUCUUCCACUACCCACUGUGUGACCUUGGGCAAGUGACUUCUCUCUGCCUCACUUUAUCUGCAGAAUGGAUGGUCUAAUAUUUACCUGUUAUACUUCCCGAGGGUGUUUUGCAAAUGUUUGGAAAGCGCUUUGAAAUCCUCUGCUGAAAGGUGCUUUAUAAAUGCAAACUCUUAUUCUGCUAUUGAAUAUCAAUGGUACACAUGCAAUUAAACUCCUACACAAGCUCUGGUCACAUAGGAGUUUAUUUCAGCAUUGUGUUUCAGUGUGACUUGGUUUUCCUUUGCUUUUAAAGGUAACAUUAAAACAAAAUUUUAACCUCAAGUUAUAACUGUAAAUAUGUAUUGAGACACAUUUUAAAUAUAUGCUAUAAUUUAGUGAUAUGAAAUGAGCUCUAAAGUAGCCCAUAUAGCCUGUUUGUGUAAAUUUUUAUUUGGGCACUUACAUAUUUUUUUAGAAAGUGGAUUUUGGAUCGGAAUAAUCAUAGCAACUGUUCUUGACCUUUUUCACAAAUUUUUGACUUCGUCCCUUGUCCACUUACUGUAUCAGUUUGUGAGGUGGAACCAUUGCAAUGUACUAUUGGAUACAAGUGUUAAAAGUGAGUUAUGUAUAGCUACUUUUCAAACCAUUGUUCCACUGUUAGCUUGUGUCUAUAUUAUAGACUAGGUUGAUCUUGUCUAAACAAUGGACACAUGGUCUGCAGAAUUUUAUGUACAAAUUACUUGUGAAUCAUAGGAUCUGUAGAACACUUCUGCAUGUCCAUGAACUAAAAAUAGCAGAAAGAUUUCUGUGUGGUUAGAAGUGAAAUACCUUUGUAUGGGAAAAUUUAGCCCGGAUUGUGGUUCUGCUCUGCCGUAUGAUUCUGUAAAAAUGGCAUCAUGUGACUAUAUGUAUGUUCAGUUUUCUUUUCAUAUCGACUAAGUUUAGGAGUAAAAAGAUCAACUUUCUAACUGCCAGUCCUACACACCUAGUUUGGGAUCUGAGUCAAGUUUGGGUUCUUCUCUUAGGUAUCCCUGGUUAAAAAGAUUCUGUAGGGAAAAUGACAUCCUCAGUGACACUCGUGAUCCCAUUACUUUCCAGGGUUGCAGAAAUUUAAGUGAUUGGAACUUAGUAAACAAUUCUGUUGCUCAAGAAUGAAUUGCUCAUUUUUAGCUUCAUUGAUUCUGCACAGCUAACUGGAGUAAAAAAUAGUGUGAGCUUAGUUUAAUCACUAAAGUGGUCAGAUCUCAUUUGUGUACAUACACAGAUCUGGUAAGUCAGUUUCCAUUUUCACAGUGACUUCUUGGAGUAGAACUGUAUUUCACUCAGAGAAUAUCAUUAGUAGAUGAUGAUUCUGGAAAAUGAAAGAUCAGGGGCUGGGGGAAAAGACCAUUGAUAGAAUUAUAGAUGUAUAUAGGGUCAGACUUGCUUAACUUGACAAAUCACUUCACCUAGAUCAUUUUAUUCUGAGUAAAUUACAUCCAAAGCCAAAUUCUUGAAUUAUCACUUGAUACUCCACAAAAAUCUGCCUUUAGAACAAUAGUCAAAACACGUUUCUAAUUUGGGAGAAGCCUUCCAGGUUAUAAAACAGCUCUGAGAGUUGUAUCUUGUCCUAUGAAGUGUUCAAUAUGUCAUCUGUAGUAAUUAUGUACAUAUUAAAGGUACAAACAGUUUUUCCUAAAGCAAUAUUAGACUUUAUGAACUUGCCAUUACAAAUUGUAUUAAACAGUCUCUUGGUUUUGUAGGGUU